UAUUUUAUUGAUAAAAUGAAGGUUUUCCAUUGGUUCAUUCAUUUUUUUAUACUGCAUGAACUUUGCUUUUGUGAAAUAAUUGAAAAUUUACUUAUGAAAAGUCUGCAGAAAAUUUCACAAAUCACAGAGGUAACAUGUUCCGACGGCCAAUUGGUGCAUGUGCCAUGGCGAGAUGAGGACCUACAAACCCUGAUGGAAAAGCUUUUCAAAAAGCUGAAAGAGAUUGCCAUAGACAAUGACACCUUUCAUUACAAUGAUGUAAAUUAUUUUGACAAAGAUGGAUAUGGUUUAAUAUUUCGAGGAAGUGGAGGAAAUUUUAUAGUGCAGGGUACGGCAUCAAUGAAUGUCAGCCAUCUUGUGGCAACCCAUAAUGAUACGCUGCAUUUUGAACUUAUCCUGACUUUUGGCGAAGUUCAGUUGACUGGCUAUUAUAAUUUCACUUUUGACAUUUUAACAAUGCUACCUUUAUUUGGCGCAGGAGAUUUUGGUUUAAUAGUUCCAUCACUGACAUUAAACAUAACCAUGGACCUGAAGCAGACAAUUGAUCAGAUCCUUCAAAUAACAGAAUCUAAUUUUCUGCUGAAAAUUCCCAAGUUUGAGGUAGAUUUUGAGAAUCUGCUAGGAAGCAAGGUCUACAGUAAAUUGAUCCCGGCUAUAAUUAAUGAUGUCGCAGAAGAUCUGGUCGGCUAUGAAAAAUAUGUCAUGAAAAUUUUAAAUGUAGCAUCACGAAUAAACAAUGAGUUAUGUAACAUCAAAUUUACCUAUGACAAAAUGAUCGAUGCUAUAACACAUUUUAUACAGUAACCUUGUGCAUUAACUACUAUUUAACUAUUUAUAAUUAUUAUUUAAAAAUUAGUUAUUUUUACAUUUUCAAAAUAUAUAGGUACCCUUGCCCAAACAUUUUUUUAAAAGCAAAGCGCUGCAAAUUUUUGUUGUUAUUGAUUUUCUCUUACAAAAUGACGUUUUUACUAUGCACCAGUUAUAUAAUGCUGCUACCUAUGUAUUAUAAUUACCAAUGCAACCAAUUGUAUUACGUACAAUAUAUCAAUUUAUAAUUAUGUCA